GGAGAUAAAGUGAUAUAAAAUUAAAUGAAGAUGAAAAAUCGGAGACUAAAGUAGUUUUACUUUGCGCGCAACCAAGCGCAACUCAACUCGGUGAGUUUAAAGACAGCUCACAACCGCCUCAUGAUGUCUUGCGUGGCCAUGCGUCGUUCACUACGUCUCUUACCACCAUCGUGGUAUCACCAACUCUACCCGUGUCUAUCAGAAUAAUUAUUAUCACCAUUACCAUAACCAUCAUUACCAAUUACCGUUUCCAUCAUCGUUCUCGUUUCAAUCCUAGUUUAUUUUAUAAUUUUAUUUUUAAUUCAACUAUUUAAUCUCAGACAUCCCAACCCCCAGUGAACUCCCCGUAAUUUUUUUUAACUUUCAUUUUUAAUUAAUUAAAAAAAAGUUAAGUGAAAGUGAUUACGUGUUGUGAUUUAAAAAAAUAUUUUAGUGUAAAAAAAAUUUAACUUUUUUUUGACUUGUUUAAAAAGUGAAGAAAAUAAAGUGAAAAAAAAAAGUUUGCCGGCGGGUUAUAAUAGUAUAAGGGCGAGAAGAUAUGAGAAAAUAUAUAAGGAUGAAUAAAAUAUAGCAUAGAAGAUACUGGCAGUAGUUAUGCGCUCAAAUUAUGCGUCUUGGUUGUUAGCGAUGCAGAAUUAUCAUAUAACAACACUCAAUCAGAACCGCAAAUAUUUGUACCAACAUGAGCACGCAGAUAAAUACAAAUAGCGCUGUAAUUGUUGAUAAAGAUCGGCCGCAUAUUAAUUGAAAGUACCAAGUCCAGAGUCAUGGGAAAAUUCUACAAACUAAAAUUAGAAGAAGCAUGUCACAGAUGGAAAAUUUUAAAUCCCAACAAGUGGAAGAGGAGUCAAUUAAAUUGUCCCUAAUAAAAUCACCGGCUAAUUACAGCAAGAGCAACAACCAGUGGUUGUUAUUAUUAUUGAUGAUUUAUGUUUGUUUAAUUCGGUUUUACAACUGGAGUAAAUCUAAAAAAAAAUCACACGAUGUUCUGGAUGUUGUGACCAUAAAAGAUAAUUGUGAUGAUACUUACAAUUACAUUUGUAACAAUUUAACAGUGACAUUAUCAUUAAUAUCAUUAUCAUUAGCAUUGCAGUGUUCAAGUGUUGCAGUAAUGGCAAUGACUAAUUACAUCAAGUAAUUUAUAUAUCUAUGUAUCUUGUUAAGUGACGUGACUCAGUAACUCUUAUUUAAAAGAUAUUCUUCUUAAUAUUUUUUUAUUCGCUGGUCUUUAAUAAUCGGUCCACUAAAUUAUAAGACAACGACAAGUUGUACAACGGCCUUACUGCUGGCCUGGCCAGCUACUAUGCGAAUUGCAGAUCUUACAAUUCUUAUUGCGGUGGUUUGGCUGACCGCAGUCCUGUCGCGGUUUGUUGACGCCAGCAAGCUAAGAAAUAAUUUGACGCGGACCAUCCGAGACACAUCUUUUCAUGGUGCUUCUUUAUGGUCACAAGAGGAACAAGUAACAAAACGAAUAGGAUUAACAUACCGCGAAAUCCAAAGCAUAUUGCGGCGGGAAGGCGGGGAGGAAGGGCUGCCCGUCGACUGCUGCCCAACAGUCGAAGAAAUAACCGAGCCUACUGGGGGGAAAAACAGAAAUGAGUCGUACGUAGAGUUGUACAGAGGCCUCGAGCAAAUACAGAGGUUUUACGAGUACUCUUGUCGACAGGAUGUCCUCGACAAGCCCUGUCGGUUUGUAGACCGCAAGCUCAGCGCUCAGUCUAGAUGUGUACAAAAGUUUUCUUACUCUUAUGCUAUUGUCAAGAAUCCAGCUGCUGAAAUUUCAAUUAUGGAAAAUGAAAAUAUGGAACAUCAUCAUAGACAUCGACAUGAAGCCCACUACUUUUCAAGUUACGGCUCCUCGUGGACGGUAGACCACAUCCGAGUACGCAGUGGAUGCAGCUGCGAAAUAAUCCCUAAGCCCAAAAAAAAACGUCCCUUAUCUUUAAAAUCUAAAAAACUAAAACACAAACCGAAAAAGAAGGAUGAUUUUAUAACAAACUCAGAUGUGUAAUUAAUCAACCAAACGCUAGGAUUAUUUAUUAAUUGUUACCAAUUAUUUAAUCGCUAUUCAUUAAUUCAAAGUCGAAAUCAUGCUAAUCAUUUAAUUUUUCUAUCAUUAUUAUUAUUAUAAUAGAAUAAUUUAUUAAUUUUUAUGUUACCUUUUUUAACGCGGCCAGUUCUUAACAAUUUAUCGAUAAUACUAUUGCCGACUAAUUAUAGAAAUUUUUUUUUUUUUUUUAGACUGAUUA